UGUGGGAAGAGUUUUGGUCUAUCUGGAAGUCUGACUGCACACCAGAGAACACACACAGGAGAGAAACCUUAUAGCUGUGGUCAAUGUGGGAAGAGUUUUGCUGCAUCUAGCACUCUGACUCUACACCAGAGAACACACACAGGAGAUAAAUAUUAUAGCUGUGGUCAAUGUGGGAAGAGUUUUGCUGCAUCUAGCACUCUGACUCAACACCAGAGAAUUCACACAGGAGAGAAACCUUAUAGGUGUGAUCAAUGUGGGAAGUGUUUUGGUCAAUCUGGCCAUCUGGUAUCACACCAGAGAGUACACACAGGAGAGAAAUCUUAUAGCUGUGACCAAUGUGGGAAGAGUUUUGGUGGAUCUGGAGAGCUGACAGUGCACCAGAGAACACACACAGGAGAGAAACCGUAUAGCUGUGAUCAAUGUGGGAAGAGUUUUGGUCGAUCUGGAAAUCUGACUGCACACCAGAGAACACACACAGGAGAGAAAUCUUAUAGCUGUGAUCAAUGUGGGAAGAGUUUUACUACAUUUGCCACUGUGACUCGACACCAGAGAAUACACACAGGAGAGAAAUCUUAUAGCUGUGAUCAAUGUGGGAAGAGUUUUGGUGGAUCUGGAUGGCUGACAGUGCACCAGAGAACACACACAGGAGAGAAACCUUAUAUCUGUGGUCAAUGUGGGAAGAGUUUUGGUGGGUCUGGAAAUCUGACUGCACACCAGAGAACACACCAGAGAACACACACAGGAGAGAAAUCUUAUAGCUGUGGUCAAUGUGGGAAGAGUUUUACUACAUUUGGCACUGUGACUCGACACCAGAGAAUACACACAGGAGAGAAAUCUUAUAGCUGUGGUCAAUGUGGGAAGAGUUUUACUACAUUUGGCUCUCUGACUCAACACCAGAGAACACACACAGGAGAGAAACCUUAUAGGUGUGAUCAAUGUGGGAAGUGUUUUGGUCAAUCUGGCCAUCUGGUAUCACACCAGAGAAUACACACAGGAGAGAAAUCUUAUAGCUGUGACCAAUGUGGGAAGAGUUUUGCCUAUGGGAGCCGCAUUAAAAUUCAUCAGAGAACACACACAGGAGAGAAAUCUUAUUGCUGUGGUGAAUGUGGGAAGAGUUUUGGUCAAUCUUGCCAUCUGACUCAACACCAGAGAACACACACAGGAGAGAAACCUUAUAGCUGUGAUCAAUGUGGGAAGAGUUUUGCUCGAUCUGGAGAGCUGACAGCUCACCAGAGAAUACACACAGGAGAUAAACCUUAUAGCUGUGGUCAAUGUGGGAAGAAUUUUGCUGCAUCUAGAACUUUGACACUACACCAGAGAACACACACAGGAGAGAAAUCUUAUAGCUGUGAUCAAUGUGGGAAGAGUUUUUGUCGAUCUGGAGUGCUGACAGUGCACCAGAGAAGACACACAGGAGAGAAAUCUUAUAGCUGUAAUCAAUGUGGGAAGACUUUUACUCAGUCAACCAACCUGGUAUCACAUCAGAGAACACACACAGGAGAGAAACCUUAUAGCUGUGGUGAAUGUGGGAAG